AUGGAUGAGAGGGACGAGGCGGAAAAGGAGGCGGUUGAGGGCCGGGGUCUUACGAAGUCGAAGAUGGUCACCGUCUUGGGCUUUUUGCCCUUCGGAAAGCACGGCUUCCGCCGGCGACGAGCGAGGGAGCACGUGGCUGCGCACUUGGGGGAGGCGACGCUCUCCGUCACGAACAAGGGAGACCUGGAGGUCUCCGUGGACGGAUCCAUCGUCCUUCGGAAAUCCAGGCCUUCGUGGUUCGGGUUUCGCCAGAAGGACUCCACGUACGAGGUCCGUGUGACGGAGGACGGGGUUGCCGUGUCGCGAGGCGGCAAGUACGACUGGGGCAUCCAGGCCCGGGAGCCUCUAGCGCAAGUCGUCCCAACCACCAUUUGUUUUUUCGACAAGUACCCAAACGUUUGA